AUGCAGGAGCAUGAACGCGAGCGACAGCAGUGGGACCAUGAACGCGAGGCGCAUAGGCCAUACUGGGAUCAGCCGGUGCGCGUUUCGCCGUCUUGCAGUGCGUACGGCACGAUGGAGUACAAGGCGCGGCUGUGGAACGUGCCGCCUGGUUCGGACUGGUACCAGGCGUGCAUCGGGAUGGUGCAACAGAUUCAUGGGCGAACUCUGGAGAAGCCUGAUAGGACCUGCAGCUUCGGUCCCACACGUGAUGGAAUCUGGGGGUACUGGCGAGUUGGUUUCGACGAACCGCAGUGCAUGACGAGCUGGGGUGGGCCCUGGGACAAAGGAUGCGUCCGCUCGGGUGGUGUGCAGCUCGUAGAGGCAUCACUGAGAGGGCAAAAGUCCGAGGAUGAUGAGUUCAGGAUGUGCUGGACCACUACUGGCCACCUGGCCAGUAUGGCCGCGGACCUUGGGUUUCCCAACGACUGUCAGCAGCGAGGUUGGGCCGGUGGCGGGAUGGUGAGCAUGUGGGAGAUCCGGGAUGAAAAAUGCAAUUAA